AUGGAAUUUGACUACAGCGAGGAGCUGCUGGAGGGGCCGCUGAUCCGCCAGGGCGGCCCCCGGCCCGCCGGCGGCGGCCGCAGGAUGCCAGGCGACGAGGACGACGAGGAUGCCCAUGCCGGCCCCAGCGGCUCUGCCAGCCCUGGAGACCCGCCCGAAGACCGGGACGCGUUCGAGCAGUCUGCAGCUUCCCAGCUGGAAGCUGACUCCCCAGAUCAUGAGGAGCACGACGCGGGGCCCUACGGCAGGGGCGGCAGCGGCGGCGGCGGCGGCGGCUAUGACGGGGGCAGAGCAGCGGCGCGGCAAGGCCGUGCUUCGGGCGAGGGCGGCGGCGGCGGCGACGGGGGCGGGGGCGGUGCCUUGGGGCAGCAGCAGCAGCAGCAGCAGCAGCAGCAGCAGCAGCAGCAGCAGCUGCCCGGGGAGUACAAUGCCGCCGAGUUCAAGCACCUCAACGUGACUGACGACGUGCGGGUGCGUGCCAAGAACCCGGCGAGCAAACCUUUGCUGUCCGGCACGUGA